AAUUUUGUCCUUUUUUGAAUUGGUUGGGACCCGGGACUAGGAAAAGCGUACAGGAGUGCUUCUAUUGGAACCAAUUGGGACGGCCACUGUCGAAAUAAAUUUACAGUCUGGAAAUUAUUCUAUAAAGGAUUAUACUUUGGAAAUAUUCAUCUGAACGUGUAUAUUUUGGAACUAUUCGGAUUAUUAAGAAUUAUAAAGAAACAUUUGGAAUUUUAAUCGUUUAUCACACUAGACUUCCUUGGAGGAAGAAGUUGGAUUAUUUAUCGUAUUUUUGAACUGAACUGUGGAAUUACUAUAUUUUGUAUUGUUACCUUUUUUAUUGAACUUCACUUAUGAUGUCAAACAGAAAAAAAUCACACAUGAGGACGGUGGAAGAGCUCGACGGAUCACAGGGCUCUAGGCAAGUCGUUAAUGAUAACUUUUUUAUGGGUAACCCACAUGUUAUGUCUGAUAUUUAUUAUUGUAAGUCAUCGAUAGAGGGUUUAGAACUACCUAAGGUUGAACUCUCAUUUUUUGAUGGAAGGUCUCGCGACUAUUUUAGGUUCAUGCGACAAAUUGAAACGUUUAUAGAACCCCGAAUAAAAGACGAACAAGUUCGUUUAUUGUAUUUAAUUCAUUAUUGUAAGGGAAAAGCAAAAAAUGCGAUUGAAGGCUGUAUUAUUAUGGAUCCACAAGCAGGAUAUAAGAGAGCUAAGGCCAUUUUAAAACAGCUCUUUGGACAGUCGCAUGUAAUAGCCCGAGAAACCUUAGAGGAUUUAUUUAGAACUGGGAAUGCAGAUUUUAAUGAUCCUGAAUUAUUGACGAACUUGGCUAUUAAAAUGCAGAAUGCUGCUUUAACUUUAGAACAGCUAAAUUGCACAACGGAACUUAAUUCCAUGGUUACUUUAGAACGAAUAGUCAGGCUCUUACCUCGUCGAAUGCAAGCUCAGUGGGCAGAGCUAGUAAUCAAGUGGGACGAAGAGGAGAGAGAGCCUAAUUUCAAUGAAUUGACGGAAUUCAUUAUGUCUCGUGCUAAGAUAGCUAGUAGUAGGUUUGGAAGAUUAGCUUAUCAGGUUAAAACAGGAAAUAAUACGGAAGCUACUAGUGGUCUGCGUGCGAGACAUGAGGAUUUUUCGUUUCUACCUAAAGCACGCUCGGAAGAUAAGAGAUUUGUCAAUUAUAUCACGAAAGCAUACCCUGAUGAAGGACGAGUAUGUGACCGUAACGAUGUAAAGCCUCUUGAUGCGUGUCCUAGUAAGAAGCCGGUUGGUGUAACAGAUAAGAUGGCUUUUCUAAGUAUAGAAAAGAAAGAAAAAGGUGAAAAGUGUAGGCAUCAAGAUGGAUCCGAAGUGUGUGAUGAUAAAAGCCUCUUAGCUGCUCGAAAAGCCUGGAACGGUUAUUUGGAUUCGAGUAAACAGAGGUUAAUGAGUUCAGCAAAUAUGAAUAAGGCCCAGGCAGGAUUGACUGAACGGAAUAAAGCUUAUUUUCGGAACCCUUCAGUUAGGGUAAAUUAUAUAACUGGACCUAGAGUAGAUUCUAGGAUAAGUGAUGGUGGUACAGUAACGGCUAAGAAGCCUAGGAGACAUGAUGCUACUAUUACUAAGAAGCCUAAACCUCAUGCUCUUUCGGAUGCUACGACUAGCCAUGGAAAUAGUAGCCAUCAGAACCUUAGUAGUGACAGUGAUAAUAAGGAGAUAGAAAGUGUCAGCAGUCCACUUAUAGGGACUAGUUUAUCAACUUCAUCGAAUGAGCCUCCUAGUGUUUCGACGCCAUCGGACCUCGUCACGAAUGUUAAGUUGAUUGAAGAUGCACAAGGUUGUGCAACUGUAACUGUUCAUAUUCCGGUUGACUGUCAGUCGAGUGAUGAUGAGAAGAAAGUGUUUGAUGGUAACGGCCAGUCUACAGCGUUGUGUGAUGACGAUGCUAUUGAUGAGCAUAAGUCUUGUGUCUCUGAAACGGAUGCUAAUGCACACCGAAUCGACGCGACUUGUCUGACAGAACGGAAUCAUGAUGACGUUGAUAAUAAACUGGAUGUCACUGAUGUGACAAAUGAGUUACCGACGAUGACGAACACUGAUCAAACCUCCUCUGUAUCGGGAGAUGGAAAGAUAAAUAUUGAUCCCACGUCAUGCUACUUAAAGUCUUCUGGAGACGAUGAAAUGUCAAAAUUGGAGAUCCCACCCUCGCAUAUUAUUUAUGGGUCAAAAACUUCUGUUGAUAAGUUAGCAUCACGGACUUCAUGGUAUCUGCUGAUCGGAGCAAGUGGUGGUGGAUUGGCGACUCGUCCCCAUGAUAGAGAAUGUAGUCUUCGGAUAGGAUAUGACCAGUUUUACGAUGUGUUGUUCAUGUUCGUGUGGGUUAAUUGGGUAAGGUUUAUACUACCGUUAGGUCAUUCCACGAUAGAUAGGGGAAUCAAGGGCCUGAUGGGAAAGUAUAGGUACCUAGUUAACACGAUAGGUCAUAUCCAUGUUGGAUGGCGGGUAGGCGUACUGCUGUAAGUCCUACACGUUAUUCCGGUGUGGAUUAGGGGAUAACUGGGAACCCUAAAUAAAGUGUCAUUAACGCUUGCUCUUUUUGCAUGGAGGGAUUUUGCGGGCCGGUGUAGAAUUCUUUUUGAAUGUUUUGUUUUUUGGAAAAUCCCUCCAUGUUUACAUAUUUUUGCUAUGACAUGAUGGACUUUUUCUGUUGACAUUUUUGGUAUUUUAUUUGAUUCCAAUUUGAGAUUUUAUCAUUGUAUAUUGUUAUUCUUUCUAUAUUUUGUACUUAUAUUGAAGUUUUUGUGUUUGCUUCUGAACUGUACAUAUGUUGUUUAAAUUUGAUAUAAUAUGGCUACCGCCACAUUUUUGGACGGACGCAGUGGCUGCUGGACUUAGCGUCACUUAUUGGUUAUUGUGUCGGAUACUCUGCGGAGUAACUUUUCCCUGGAAGAAGUACAAUUUCCAGACGUUUUCUCCUAGAAUUUUGUCCUUUUUUGAAUUGGUUGGGACCCGGGACUAGGAAAAGCGUACAGGAGUGCUUCUAUUGGAACCAAUUGGGACGGCCACUGUCGAA